AAGAAACUACAAAAGAACUCGUCUUCCUUGCGUAACCCUCACACAUCUGGCAGCCGUUUCUUCUUCUAGAACCUCCGAUCGUCUUACCUCUUCUCCAAUCAACACACACAGACCUUCACUCUUCAAUGGCGAGCAACGAUCCAGAGCACAGAGAGGAGGAAGCUGCUGCAGCUGAAGACGAAGACACCGGAGCACAGGUUGCUCCGAUCGUCAAGCUUGAAGAAGUUGCGGUUACUACCGGUGAAGAAGAUGAAGACGCUAUACUUGAUCUGAAAGCGAAGUUGUAUCGAUUCGAUAAGGAUGGGAACCAGUGGAAGGAACGCGGUGCUGGCUCGGUUAAGUUUUUGAAGCACAAAAAGACUGAGAAAGUUCGCCUUGUUAUGCGUCAAUCGAAAACCCUAAAGAUCUGCGCGAAUCAUCUAGUUAUCUCUAGUAUGUCGGUGCAAGAACACUCCGGUAAUGAUAAGUCAUGUGUGUGGCAUGCUGCUGACUUUUCUGAUGGUGAGCUUAAGGAUGAACUUUUCUGCAUCAGAUUUGCUUCAGUUGAGAAUUGCAAAAAGUUUAUGGAAACAUUCCAAGAGGUAGCCGAGUCGCAAAAAGACAAGGAAGAGAAUAAAGACGCUUCCGAUGCUGCUGAAUUGCUUGAUAAGUUAAGAGUCGAAGAUAAAAAGGAGGAAGAGAAAACUGAAGUUAAAAAAGAGGUGGCAGAAGAAGUUAAAGUCAAAGACGAGGCACCCAAAGAAGCUGAGACGGUCAAAACAACUGAUCUUGAGAAGAAAGAGGAAUAGUGGUAACAUUGCAUUUUUAUGAAAAUGAUCUCUUGGUACGGUAGUAUUAGUGUCGAGAGGCUAAAAACGGUGCAACGUGGUGCAUGUUGCAGGAUUGGAGUCUGGUCGGUUCUGUUUGGGUCUGGGUUUGGUUGAAGAGUCUGGUCAGGUGCAAUGUGAGUAUGAGUUGGUCAGGUUGGUCAGUUUGUGUUUUAUUUUGGGUGGUCUUGUCUGUUUUUAGAGUCAAGUUUGGGUAUAGAUAUAUGGAUUUACAGAUAUUUUUUACAUCUGGUUCGGGUUGGUUUUCGAGUUAAUGCUUAUAUGCAUAUGUUUUCUACUGUUUGGGUCGUUUUCGAUUUAUUGGUUUUGAACUUGUUA